CCCCGGAACCCGGUUGCAGUGAGAAACCCAGUCUCUCCCAUCCCAGUGCCCCUCGCCUACUCCCGCCCCCGUAAGUGCCUGCGGGAAUCCAGGAGACCCAGGCCACGCGGAACUGCAGCGGCUGAGGGGAGAAGGCGGGUAGAAUGAGGGUUUGGGGGCGGCAGGAAUGGGUUGGGGGAUGGGGUGGUGGAAGGGAAAAGAAAAAACCAGAGGCAUGCAAGCGGCUCCCUAGCCAGCUGUUCCAGCUGCCGCUUCCUCCGACGCGGGCCGGGCGGUGCAAUAUUCCACCCCCCCCCCCUCCAUCUUUCUCACCACUACCUGUCCCCCCACCCACCAUACGCACACAUUCCCCCCACCAGUAGCGGAUCUCCGGCCUGUAAGGGGGUAGUAGGGAGGAGCUGGGGGGAGGGGGAGGCCUGCGAGUUUCUAACCUUGUUCUUAUAAACAAACCCACAUGUGCAGCUGCCGCUGCUGCAACUCACCCCACAAUCCCGGAUAUAAGUCCUGCCCCUUUAAGAGGAAAAAAAGCUUCCCCCUCCUGUCUCCCACCCCACCCAUCCGCAAGGACCUUUGUCUCCCCACCCCCCUUGUCAAUCGGCCCCGCCUCAUAUCCCCGCCCUCUCCGACGCGGAGGAGCCAAUGGGCUAAGAAAAUAAGGCCGGGGCUGACGUAAGCAUGCCCGGCCAAUCACAGGACGCGUUGGUGGGAGGCCUCUCGCAGGGCGCGCCAGGAGGACGCAAGGCAGGAGAAAGGAAGCUUGAAGUCAAGAUGGAGACUGCUAGUUGCUCCGCCGCCGCAGCGAAUGGGGCCGUGGGGUCGCAGCGGGACCGGAGCCUGGUGCCUGAGCGGCUUCAGAGACGAGAGCAAGAGCGUCAACUGGAGGUGGAAAGGCGGAAGCAAAAGCGGCAGAACCAGGAGGUGGUGGAGGAGAAGAGCGACUUUUUCGCUGCCGCCUUCGCUCGGGAGCGAGCGGCCGUGGAAGAGCUUCUGGAGGGCGGAGAAUCCAUGGAGCGGCUGGAGGAGGCGGCCGCUCGGCUCCAGGGCCUGCAGAAACUUGUCAACGACUCGGUUUUGUUCCUGGCCGCCUACGACCUGCGGCAGGGACAGGAGGCGCUGACGCGGCUACAGACGACCCUGGCCGAGCGGCGCCAGGAGCUGCAGCCCAAGAAGCGUUUCGCUUUCAAGACCCGGAGGAAGGACGCUGCUUCGGCCGCCAAAGUAGACUCCGCUCCUGGAGCCCCGGCGGCGGAAGGCAUCCUGGCCUCCCCGCCGCCCUUGAAGGAGGAGGGAGGCAUCGGCUCCAGCUGGGUCUUCGGCUUCUCCAACGUGGAGUCCCAAGUCUUGGAGAAGAGGGCAGAGGAGCUGCACCAGCGUGACGUUCUUUUGGCCGAACUGAGCAAAUGCACAGUCAGACUGUAUGGCAAUCCCAACACCCUGCGGCUGGCCAAAGCCCGAAGUUGCACGGUGCUCUGCGGCCCGGUGUCCACCUCUGUGUUCCUGGAGGACUGCAGUGAUUGCGUGCUGGCCGUGGCCUGCCAACAGCUGCGCGUACACACUACGAGAGACACCCGCAUCUUCUUGCAGGUGACCAGCAGGGCUAUCGUGGAAGACUGUAGUGGGAUCCAGUUCGCCCCUUAUACCUGGAGCUACCCGGGUAUCGACAAGGACUUCGAGGGCUCUGGUUUAGAUAGGAGCAAAAAUAACUGGAACGACGUCGACGAUUUUAACUGGCUGGCCCGGGAUAUGGCUUCCCCAAACUGGAGUAUUCUUCCUGAAGAAGAGCGAAUGGUCCAGUGGGACUAAGCAGUUGUCACUACAUUCUUCACUCCUACCAAAAACUUCCCAUGUGGGACCGACUCCUGCUACUGGGAUUUCAAAGUUUACUUACUGUUAUCGCGCUUUGUAUGUUUUUGGUAUUUUAAGGCUUGAGAUUGUGUUAGGCUCCUACUUGUGAUUUCCAUUAAAUUCACAACAGGUCUAACACUUUGAAGCAUUUUUGCUCUUUUGGUAAUGUGUAGUAGCUUUAAUUAAUUGACUAUGAUAGUUUGAAACAGAGGUAAAGAGUGUCUGUGUAUGUUGGUUAUUAAUGCUUUGUGUAUUUAAAACUUACUGCAUGAUAAAGUAGACCCUCAAUAAAUACUUAAUAAAUGAA